CUCCAUUUGUGGGGUAGAAAAGAAAUCUUGAUAACUCCAAAGAACAAAUAGCUGAGACGUUGCAAUGGUGCUAGAAACUUGUGGUUCUAGCUUGUUUCUUGCUUUACCUGAUGAUGUGUUUGCUAUUAUAUCUCGGUCCCUUUCACCGAAGGGCAUAUGUAAUAUCGGUAUAUGUUGUAAAAGUUUAUGUGCACUUGUUGCCUCUGAAAAGAUUUGGCUCACUCAAUGCGAUUUAGUUGCAAUUGUACCUACGAGGGACCUCGUGGAGUGGAGGGAAGGUGUCGAAUCUUACAAGGCACUUUGCCGAUUCCUUGUUAGAGUAAAGCCAUUGCUUGGCCUUUGGGUUCACCAGAAUCCUGAGCUAGGCAAUGUAGUCUAUGUAAUGCCUGGCUUUGUUUCUGUUGUUGGGUGUCGAAUAAUUCCACAAGAGCUUGGUCCCUUGGGAAUUGAGGAUGGCCCCAUUCUUUGGGCACCGGUGUUUGAAAUUAUUGGUGCUUUUGAUGGUUCCACCACAUUUCUUCUUCAUGGUAGGGAGAAAGGAUGCGACUAUUUUUAUCCAGGUUCGGUGGAAUCUGUGGAGCAGAAUUGUAACGUGCUUUUGCUUGAGGUUGAGCCUAAAGCAAAAAGGAAUGGAUGUAAACUAAUCCAUAGUAAGAGCUUUGCUCAUCACUCCAAUGAGGAGAUUUCAAGAAAGGUUUGUAGAUCAAAUAAUGGUUUAUUGAGAUCCUCAGGACAGAGUGAGGCCGUGAUUCCUUUUAGUCGGUUAAAUUUUGGUGACAGAAGAAAGUUGCUUGAGACUGUUACUAGCCAAAUUUCUCUUAAGGUUACUGAUUCUUUAAGUGGGCCUCUAUUUCCUCAAUUGAGGGAGGAUGCAGAGAAUUUCCAAAAAGAUUUGGUGCUUAUGUUGCAGCGAAGAUCACAGCUUCUUCAGAUGUUUAAGUUUGGUAACGAACAAGAUUGCACGGAUUCGAAGGCAAGUAUUGCAAUGCCUGCUGGUCCUAUUCAGUUGGAACUCAGUGACAUUAGAAAGAGCUUUGACCCUUCUCGUACUUCUAAUUCUCUGAAUGGAGAUGAUGAUCAGACACGCAGAAACAAUAGGAAAAGUCUAGGCAGGUACUUCAGAGCUAGCAUUAAGCAAAUUCUUCGGAAACCUAGUUCUGUCAAUGGUGGUCGAGCUAUUUCAAAAUGCAAUUCUUCUACUAGUGAGAAUAGGCAUGCUCAGCUUCAUGAAUUUCUAAAUUCAGGGGAUACUAUAGGGCUGACGUUACAUGCCUCUACAAUGAAGUUAUCAUUUUAUCGAGCUUGGCCUAAUAUGCAUGAUACACGGUUUGCACUUUACAAGCUGCCCAUGCGGGUUCCGAGGGAGGACCAAGAGUAUGCUGGUUUAUGGGGAGGAACAUUCGGUUGGCCUCCUGGAAGGCCGACCGAAGACAAGCCUGGUAAAGCUCUGUUCUUUCUUUUGCUCUCUUAUGAAGAGACAGAGGGAAAACAUCUUCUCAUUGCUACGAAAAUAUUGGAAGGCACCCACUAUGUUCUGCACCCAAAUGGUUCUGCAAUGUUCAUUGUGAAUGUUGAUGAACCUUCACUGGACCCAUUUCCCUGGGAUAGUGAUGCAGAUUCACAUCCUGUCAGUGUGAAGCAUGCUUUUAUGGGAGAAGGUAUUGCACAUGGAUAUGGUUUUAGAUAUCCUGGCUCAAAGCCUGGCUCGCUUUUUGUCAUUCAAAGUGGUCUGCUUGCCUUCAUGUGGAAGGAAUCGAGAGUUGUCUUGACCCUGCAAAGACUCGAUUUGCAAGACCUUUUGAAGAAAGGUGAGCAGGUGCCUGCUCUACCUCCAAUUGCCAACUUUUCAUAUUUGACCAAGUCCUACUCAAAUGUGUUUACUGGGUUCUCCAACACCUCAACAUGUUCAUCUUCUCUAAGGCAAAUACAUGUUUAGGUCACCAAGGGGCACUGGAAGAAAUUGCAAAUAUUCAACUAUUGUUUCUAUGCCAGUGUAUCAUGUGGAGCAGGGGACUUGCUAAUACCGGUGAUUCAAGAGUGUCGAGUUUCAGGUUGUAUCCAAGAUUAUAUAAAUCCUUCUCUCUUAAAAAAUAAUGAGGAUGAUCUCAUUGUGUUUGUUACAAUAGAUUUAUCUGGUUAUUCUUGUGCUUCCGGUGAAGAUAGUCUACAAAGGAGAGACACCGUAUUUAGAAGAUAUGGUACAAGUUUUUUCCAUAAACAUUUUUCGCUUUUAGAAAUUAAAUUGACACACUUAUAUGAAUAGUGGUAAUAAGCAUAUAUUGUUGUGGGAACCCACAUCGUUGUUGAAAUUGUCCUUCUUCCCUCUCCUCUACUUUCUCGGAGAAGUUGAAGUCGUUGAUAUCCGAUAAAACCGAUGGUUCUAUCGGUUUCCAAGGAUAUACCGGUAUUUUGGUUGACAUUUUCUGAAGCACAAGCGGUAUAGAUACUGUUGUGAUGUGAGCUAAGAGAUGGAAGGAAGGGGAAUAGGAAGGAGAUGAUGUAUUUGUGUUUAUCAUGCAUGUAAUAAAUUAUAGUGGAACACUUGAUUGUAUACGUUAAGUUACUUUUAGGAAGUUAUUGUUUUCCCUU